CGCGUUUUUAAGCAGAUAGAAACAAUAUUUUAAAAUAGUUCUUAUUUUAUUUAAAAUAAUUAAUCAAAAGUUAAAAGUUAAUAUUUUGGCAAUUAAAAUUUUUCUAUUUUCUAUUUAGAAAAUUCGAUUUCCAGAAAACUCUAUAUGUUUCUUGAUUAUCGUUACCCCCACUUUUCAUAGCAUAUGAAAUAUAUAUUCGCGCGUAGAAAUCAUUAUAAUAGAAUUGGAACGAAAUUAUUGCACAAACAUUUAGUCAAACAUCUUAUUGUGGUCAAGCAAUACGUGAGUGAAUAAAAAAGCUUUACAAAAGAAAAGAAAAUUUUAAGUGAAAAAAUAAGUAUUCGACAAGAGAUUGAAUUUAUUUUUGAAUUAAAAAAAAACAAUGUCUUUUUUGCCGGUACUUUUUAAUUGGGGAGAGGAUUUGAAGACACCUUAUUAUCCCUUUGACCAAUUUUUUGGACUUCCACUGAGUUCUGAAGAUUUAUCAACAUCUUCCUUUCCUGACGAUACUAAUAUUUUAAUGCUAAGACCUCAUCGCUGUUUUCGCAGAUAUCAACCUUAUAAAAGAUUUACAGAUCGUACAUCCAGUGGAACAUCUACAAUACAAGCUGAUAAAAAUAAAUUUCAAGUAUCAUUGGAUGUUCAACAAUUUGCUCCAGAAGAAAUGAGUGUUAAAGUUGUGGGAAAGAAUGUAGUUGUCGAAGGCAAACAUGAAGAAAAACAGGAUGAACAUGGAUGGAUAUCUAGACAGUUUGUACGAAAAUAUAUUGUACCAGAACAAUGUGAUAUUGAUCAAUUAAAAUCAAGUUUAUCUUCUGAUGGAAUAUUGAUGAUCACUGCACCAAGAAAAGAGAUUGAUCCAACAUCAAAGAAUGAAAGAAUUAUUAAAAUUCAAAUUACAGGAAAACCUGCUUUAAGAGAUGAUACAAAACUAAUUGAAAAACAAAAGGAAAAUCAAGUUCAGAAGAAUUCCAUACCACAAAGAGGACAAGAACAAACAGUAAAAGCUGCUUAGGAAAAUAAUUUAUUGUAAAAUUGCUAUAACAAGAAUUUUCUUAGUAUUUUAUGUUUUGCAUAUAUAAUUAACUUAGCUCAACUAAAUUCUAUUUUAUAUUUUCUAAUAAAAUAAGCAAUUUAGUUUUAAUUUUUCAUAUUUUAGAUUUAAGUGUGAUCAAGUUAAAUGACAAACUAAAUUUGGAAAAUAAACAUUUCUCAUUUUUAUAAAUUAUUUAUAUAUUAUUUAAGAUUCAUUUGUCAUAAAUAUGUUUUUUAAUAAAACUGUUACUGUUUUUGUAUUGUUUUUAUAUAAUUUUGAAUUAAGUAUAUAUCCUGUAAUUUAAUAAUUUUAUGUAUCAUUUUCAAAUAUAAAUAAAUAUAACAAAUUUUAAGAUAA